ACACAGAUCUUUCCCACCUGAGCUUCCUGAACUCGCGCCAUGCGUGGGGAUUCCUAAGGAUUACCCGGCGUGCCCCGCGGGAAAGAUGGCGGUGUCGGAGAGGAGAAGGAGAUAAAGUUUAUCUCGGAUCUUCAGCGCGGCUGCCUCGACCCGGAGAUCGAUAUCGCCACUUUACCGGUUAGUCGAAGGCGGCUAGAGCAGGACCGCUGAGCUUGAACCGCUUUACUGACGCGGUCGUGCGUUUUGCGGUGGCAGAUAAACCUGAAAUAGUUGCGACUCCUGACUGACCGCCGCUAGCGAGCGUUAGCAGAGCGAAGUGGUGCAGGAACAAAGUUUAUCACCGCGGCUCGGAGUGGGAGAGAGCCCGCCGGCUGACAGCGGGGUUUGGGGGGACGACUCGCUACCGUUACCGUCACCGUUACCCGCAGCGCUCCCGAAACGGAGGAGGUAAGAGCCGAACCGGUGGGAGUACCGAGUACCUCUGGAGUGGAUGUUUCAACAUGCCUGGAAAAGAUUUCUCUGCUAUGCCUGGAUUAUGGGAAUAAAUUAAUACCUGAGAUAGCUUCUCACAAAGUCAUUGAUAGCCUAGAGGUUCACAUGCCAGCAGGAGGAGGAGGAGGUGGGGGCACAGGAGAAGGAGAGGGACGAGAGCUGGAUUGAGUUUCCCUGGCGACCAGAGGGACACACUCAGGGCGAUGACUGGAGCUUGCAGCAUGCACGUUUGAGAAAGCCCUGGGCCUGACUACAACUGAAUGAGGACAUCUCAGAGACACCAUCUCCAUUUUUGGGACUGACAGCCAGUGUUUGGACGGACGCUGAGCUCCCAGCAUGACGAGCACCGCCCCAGCCCGGAAGCCGUACCGUAAGGCGCCUCCACAACACCGCGAGACGCGCCACAGCUUGCCUGUGUUCCGGGAUGACCUUAGCGGGAGUCACCCAGCAACUGGCAGCCCUUCGCUACCAGCACAGCCUGAUCCCAGCCAGGAGUCCUUAUCAGAUGCAGACAAAAUCAAAAUCUUGCAACAGCAAAAUGAAGACCUGCGUCGGCGCCUGACUCAAACUACUCACAAGAUGGAGGCCAUGGAGACAGAGUUUGAGACGAGUCGUCACUACAUGCAGGCAGACAUGGGCCGAACCAGAGAUGAUCUGGAGAAGAUGAGAGACAAAUUCCGAAGACUGCAGAACAGCUACACAGCCUCACAGAGAGCCAAUCAGGACCUGGAAGAGAAGCUGCACGCCCUGGCUGCCGUCAGUCAAACUUGGGUCUAUGCACUUCGGAAAGUGGAGCGAGACAAGAAGACCAUGGAUCAAGAGAUAGUGGAGCUCACCAACAAGCUCGUGGAUGCCAAGAACACAAUCGACAAGCUGGAGGAGCUGAAUGAGCGCUACCGUCAGGACUGCAAUUUGGCUGUGCAACUGUUGAAGUGCAACAAGUCACAUUUCAGGAACCACAAGUUUGCAGAUUUACCAUAUGAACUGCAGGAGAUGGUGAAUAAGCACAUGAAGAGCAGCCUGCCUGACAAGAGCCAGAGUCCUCAAGGAGCCCAGGGCCAGGAUCCAGAUACGCUGAGCCUGACACCUGCAGAUGUGGUGCCCACAUCCGUCAUUGCCCGGGUGCUUGAGAAACCCGAACCGCUUGUGCUGAACUCGGCGCAGUCCAGCAGCAGUGCUGGUCGGCCAGUGGCCGAAGAUGUGUUCGUCCACGUUGAUAUGACUGGACCCCAGAAUGAGAAUGGGGGUCCAGGACAUACUAGGCAGAGUGGCAGCACUACGUCCGAUCAGCAGCACGUUAACGGCAUGUGUCGAAGUCAGGCCAGUCCAGAUGGUCCGUUGGUUGAUGACAUGGCACCCUCCUUCGAGAAGCUGAACCCAUACCCUGCACCACCACCUCCGCACCCUCUCUACCCUGGCCGCAAGGUGAUAGAGUUCUCCUCUGACGACAAGGUAAAGAUCCCCAAGAACAGCCCGCUGCCCAACUGCACCUACGCCACACGGCAGGCAAUCUCCCUCAGCCUGGUGCAAAACGAGGAAGAAGCAGGAGAACGGCAGCGCACUGUUCCGAACAGCCCCGCUGUGUCUGACGGAGGCUGGCGCUCUGGGACAUCCUCUUCUUCAGGCGGAGGGCACACAUCACUCCCCCGAACACCCCAGCAAACGGACAUCACCGACCCUCUAUCCAGCCAGUCCAGCCCCUUCAGCAGCCCACCGCAGCCACCGAGUGCCUUUGCCAGCUCAGGGAGUUCUGAAGAAGACCUGCUCGCCAACUGGCAGCGGAUGUUCGUGGAGAAAAUAGCACCAUCUUCAGAGGGCACCCUUGUCAACCGCACCUCCUUCAGCAGCGAGACUGUAAAGGAGCUUCAAAGGAGUCGCAAUAGUAAGUCAGGAAGAGAAUCUUCAGACCAAGGAAUCUCGCGUGGCGCUUAUUCAGAUGGAGAAGAAGGCUCCUCUGCUCAAAGCUGGACGGCCAGCAGAGAGUCCAGCCUGGACACGGACACCAGUAGCGUAGCAGAUUUGCGCACCAAACGAGGACAGUAUGGCGCCGACUUUUCUCAGGAGGAGAGCGAGCGUCUGCUUAUGGCUGUUGACAAUGAGGACGGCGCCAGUGGUGAUACAAUGGUCACAGUGGAAACCAGCCCAGCUUCUGCCAAGCGGCAAGAGUUUGCGGAAGACGCUGGGUCGGCAGGCAGCUCUGCCGAGGAGAGGGAUGUGCUGCCACAGGAUUUUCCUAUCAUUGGCUCCAGGGUCCAUGCCGGGCAUGAGGAUUACACGGAUAAGCCCCCGUCUCAGCGGCACCACACCCAGAGUGGCUCUAGUCGGCCACACAAGAGCCCCAAAAGGAUGGGAGUCCAUCACCUGCACCGCAAGGACAGCCUUACCAGAGCGCAAGAACAUGGAAACUUGCUGGACUGAGAUGAAGACCCACACCUCGUUUCUCUGUUUACUUACAGUGCUCUUCUGCUUGCUAGCAAUCACAAGUCAUAGCAGCCCACAAAGGGAGGCAGGGAGGUGGUGGUGUGAUCACCUUUUUUGCCGAUUCAUUACUGUAACUCUUCAGAAACUUCUCAGAAGCUGGAAGUUUACUUUGAUGUGGCAUUUAUGAAAUGUAUGAGUUGAGGCAAUCAGUUAGUAUCUUAAAAAGUCAUUCUGAAACGUAACAGAUCAAUGGAACAAUACUUGGGGUGCCCUAUGAGAAUGCCAGACUCCCAGAAUUGGUGUAAAUGAGAAGAGGACCACAGGAUAUAGCCAUAUAAAGACACCUCUACAUGUGGCCGAUGUAUUGUUAUGGGGGAGAUGGAAUAGCCCUGUAAUGUAUUGCUGUUUUGCUGUCAGGAACUGGAAUAGCGCACAAAACAGAAGCAAGGACCCGCUGUUUUCAUUAAGGGUUUCCCAGUGAGAGCCCUUGGUUUAAAAAAUUUGGGCAGACUGUUCGCAGAUCAGGUGGUCUGGCGUGGAUGGAAUGGUGCAGGUUUCAUGAAAUCUAACGGAUUCUUUCUUCGACUUACAGUGCCUGACCCUUUUUCUGAAUGAGGGGUUUCCCUGUUGCCCUUUAAGAGGAAGUAUUACUCCUUAAGUCUACUUUCAGCUCACAUGGAACUGAGAAAAAACCUCCACUGCGCAGACAAAAUCUUCAAACACCUCUCUUCAUAGAUCUACCACUGUAAUUCUUGACUUAACUGAAAAAGGACACCCUUUUUAUGAGUAUCUUAAACUAUGGGAAGAUCUUGAGGCUUUUAUUUAGUUUGUUGUUUUCAACAUCAGGUAUUCAUUUACAUCCAUGCUGAUUAAUCUGACUACUGAUAUUUAAACCAGAGAUUUAAGUUUUGAAGCAGAUAUUUUGUCCUUGGCGUGUAUUUAUUUGUUUUGGUUGAUAUUUUUUUUUUUUUUGUUGUUUUUGCUGAUCGACUAAGAAGUAAAUUUCUUGUUAAUUUCCACAUCAUGGUGAGCACUAUUGGACUUUAAACAGAUGGUAGAAUGCGCUAAGGUAUUACGUCUUUAUUUAAAUGAAACUGGAGCCCCGUAGCUAAUCAAAUUUAUCUAUUUAAUUUAGAUUAAAAAGACCAGCAAACAACAGCAAAUAACUGUAUUACGUUCUAAAAUGCUGUUUUAAAAGGCAUGUAACCCUGAUGACUAUAGUUGUGAGUUGAGAGCUCAGUAUUGGAGAAACAGUGGGAUUUGUGAUUUGUUGUUUAGUUAUAUGGGUAGUAAUGUGUUCUCUUAGCUACUGUCAGCAAUCAGCUGAUUGUCGCUGGAGUCCAUAUUCAGUACUUUAAUGCCAUUUACUUGGAACUAUGCAUAACAUACCUUUUGAAGUACUUCCAAAAAUGGAAUUAUACUCUAGGUAGUUGAACAGUUCUGUCAGUUAUGACGCUCUUUUUGUAAGAUUACACUUCUGUUGAAGUACAAAGACAGUCCAUUUAGCCCUACAGUCCACAAUAUUAGAUACUGAGCUGUCCAAACGACUGUCCUUCAUGUCUUUUGAGUGUAGAACUAAAUAAGCCUCACCUGUUGGACAGUUUUGAUAUUAGCCCUGAAUUUGAUGUAAGCCAUUAUUGCUCAAAAGAAAAGUAGUUAUUCUGUUUAUGUAGCAACCACUUUUGUGUUGUUGUUUUUCAUGUUUUCUUUUUGUUUUUAAAGUGUUUUAUUUGUGUGUAAGUUUAUUCAGACUUGCAGUCCUCAUUGAGGCGUUAUAAUCAGCCCGUCUGACAUUGACCGUUUAUAAAGAUGGCUUUACUUUGAUUUUCUUUCCAGACAUCUUGAAUGGUUUCAAGGCUUGGUUCAAGUUGGGGGUCUGAGUUUAAAAAAAAGGUUUCAGAUUUCCAGAACUGGCGCGUCAGAGACACGGCAGCGCGACAUUUUUAUACAUCUGUGUUCAUUUUAUACUCUGAAGAUGGUCGAAAACACUGUGCAUGUUGCCUUUAUGUACUAUUUCACACAUUCUGUGUUGGUUUUUAUUCAUAUUCGGAGAUGUGAUUUCUUUUGGUUACUCGACCACUGGAUGUUUCAGGUCCUUGCUAUCCAGACGCUGUGCUCCAUGCGUGUUUCAUGCAGAGGAAAAAGAAAAGUCGAUGGGAAAUCAGAUGCGUACGCUGAAUAUUUGCAGUAUCUAGCUCAAGGUUACACGUCAUAGGUAAUUGUGUGUUGUGCAACCAUGACUCCUAACCUUGCGAGUGUAAAACAUAUCAGCCAGUUGUAGUAAAAUGCAUAUUAUUAAGUUUAAGUCAAAGGGCCAUGAGACUUCAGCCACUCUGUAACAGACUUGCUGCAUGUAUUUACAUUGUGACUGGCCUACACAACACUACACUGCACUCCCUGCCUUCAAUAAUUCAGCUCCGUUUUCUCUGUUGAGACAAACAGAAUGUGUGACGGAAGGGCUCCCAGAUCCACCUCUGCUUUUCCUCUCGUUAUUCAUCCUUUGUUCCUGCUGUUCCAUCUUUUUUCCCCUCUCCAUAUGUAAUUGUAACGGCCCAUAAUGAAUAGAACUGUAACGAGCCCCUGUGCUGAAUAAUUGAUGUUUUAUCAUGCUCGAAAAUAGCUCUGUGAUGUUUAAAGGAGAGGGGGAGACAGAGAACAGUCUGUCAGGGUCUUGCUCAUGGAAAUGGACGUCCUUAAAUAUUUCAUGGCUUCAUCAGAUGGGAUGUAGACGAGAGCAAAUACAAAAAAAAUGUAAGAAAGAAAAGGAAAGUGAAGAAAUGAUGUAAUGUACUGUGCGUAUAAAUAGGCUUUUACAUCUGGUGUGCUGCAAGUUUAAUGACUCUGUAUCAUGACUAUAAUUGAGUGCAUGGUUAACUGACAGUUCUCUUCUUUCAUCCAAGGUGACCUGACGCACAAUGGAAGCAGAAUGUUGACUGA